UACUUCCAAGAUCCCGCAACCUCAAUCAACCCCCUCCUCAUCAUCUUCUUCUUUUCUACUCGAAUGGAGUCGUCUUCUUCUUCUUCCUCCGAUGAAUCAUCAUCUGUGGAUCCUGCAGAUCACCAUUUCAACUCCAUACACUUCAUCUCUACUCUCUAUAUUUAACCUUCUUUCACUCCACAUCAUCUUCACUUGCACAUCCUUAUUUCAAACCUCUACACUUUUCACCUAGGGUUUUUGUCUCGCAACACUCCAUCUUCAUGCCGCAGACAGACUGAAUUAGGGUUUAAACGGAGAACUCAAGCCUUUGAUCAUGGCGGUUAAUCCUCACUCGGAACUUGCUAAGAUGGAACAGAUAAUCACUGAAUUCUUCGCAAAAAGUUUGCAUAUAAUACUUGAAUCUAGGUGUCCAUUUGUGUCGUCGCGUAAUUACAACAGUGAGAGGUUGUAUUCGCCUUCAUCAUCUACAUCAUCGUUUUCUAAUAUGAGGCCUAGGGAUAAGUGGUUUAAUCUGGCUCUGCGGGACUGCCCUGCGGCACUUGAAAACAUCGAUUUCUGGCGUCAAAGUAACCUCGAGCCGAUGGUGGUGGAUGUAGUUUUGGUUCAAAGACCGGUUAAUUGGGAUUCUGCAAGAAGUUCACCCAAAGUAGCGCUUGAAAGGAACUUAUCGUCGAAAGAUCGGUUCCCGGUUGUGUGGAGAUCAGAUUCUGACGAGUUUGGGUGUGAUGGAUACAGUGAAAAGAUCAUCGAGAGAUGGAUCGUGCGGUACGAUAGUAAAAAGGGCGGUAAAGAAAGUUCUUCGGGGAACAAACGACCAAACUCCACAAGCUCACACGCGUUAUACAAGAAAUCAAUUUUGCUUCUGAGAUCGUUAUAUGUAACUGUUAGGCUUUUACCUGCUUACAAGAUUUUCCGUGAAAUCAAUUCUUCCGGGCAGAUUCGAUCGUUUAGUUUAAUCCACAGGGUAUCUUCAUCUGUUGAGCCGCUCACUCGUAGAGACGGAGCUGAAAUGCAACCGUUUACGUUCACUCCUGUGGAUACAUCUAACGGUAAACUUUGUGUUUUGCUAUUAUAUCUUCCUUCGAUUUCUGACACCACUUCAGAGUCAUCUACGCCGAUGUCCCCGCAAUUCAUACCGGAUUAUGUCGGUAGUCCAUUGGCAGAUCCGUUAAAAAGAUUACCAUCACUUCCAAUGCCACAACAUUCUCCAUCGUCUUCACCAUUCGGAAGACGUCAUAGUUGGAGUUACGAUGCAAGUCACGCGUCACCACCAUCAGCAUUGCCAUCUCCGUCACCUACAUAUUCCGAAUCGCGAACUUUGCACGCUAAAUAUGGAAUCCAUAGACCACCUAUUAGUCCACGACACCCUUCGUUAGAACCGGCUCAAGCUCAUUUAAAAGAUACGGGUUACGAUGAGUAUUGGCCGUCUCCUAACUUCUCACCCUCUCCGUCUCCGUCACCACCCGUUGGAAGUAAUAUGUUGAAGGUUUUUUUACGGUCUGAUAGUGCUCCGGUUCACAUACCUGCCUCUAGGCUUGGGGAUGCACCGUCGUCUUCCAAUAAGACGUUUUUGCCCUUUUCGCCUCCUCUCAGAGCCAUUAAACCAAGUCUUUCUUUAGUGGAAAGAAGCUCAAGUAUUCCCACUAGUGCUGGAAAGCCAUUAUCCCUGAGGGAAGAAGAGAUUGCAAGGAUGUCUGGUGUGAAGAUUUCAUCCAACAGCUCCCCGCAUAAAUCUUAUUCUAGAAGCUUCAGUAGGUUAUCUUUUGAAGAUAGUUUUGAUGACUCGGAGUUUUCAGGUCCCUUUGUGGUGGAUGAUGAUGACUUGAUGGAUCCUGGUAGCAGACCCGGUUCAUCUGAUCGAUCAGGAAAUCUAGGCACACCACAUGAACGUAUAAAAUCACAGGAUGCUGCAGUUGGUGCUCUUGUUCAGAUGUUAAAAAAGGCACCGCCUCUACAACAAGACCUGCAUCGAUCCCAACACGCGUGUAAAACCCCAAGGCCUGAAAACCCAUUCAAUCAAAUUCAAAUUCACGAUCACCACCCGCCUCUCGCGUCUUCUAAUAUGUCAUCCUCUAGGGUUUCUGGUAUCAAGACCACAUCUGAUGCAUUAGAUGAGCUCAAAGUGUAUAUGGAUGUGAAGCUAAUGCUGUUGAGGCAAUCGGGCAAGUCCUAGUAUGAUACGCGAGGAAUACGUUGACGAUGGUCUUGUUUUGGUUUUAAAGUCGGGCGUUGCUAUAUGAUAAAAGUUGGUGAUAUGAUUUUAUUGGUUUUGUUAUAUGGUGUUGUCUUUGUACAUAUUUUGACUGUUGGUAUAUAUGGUAGUUUUCAUUACGGAACAUUGGCUUAUUGAUUGGUAUACUCCGUCAGAGUAUUGUGGUGGUUCGGAUUUAAGUUGCACAAAACCAAUGAACUUCAAUAUUUUAGCGAUU